AAAUUCCCGCCACUGAAGAGGCAAAGCGUCUGAGGAACAAACUCACGGAGAGAGAAAAUGAAGAAGAAAGCAAGUCGCAAAUCGACAUUGCAAGUUUCAUCCCCUUCUUCUACAACUCCUAAAUCGAUCAUUCUGGAGAACAGAAACAGCAAAAAGAAGCCAACAACUACUUCGGUCUUAAGAUCUAAGCCUCAAAAUUCCCUAGCCUCCAUCUCCGAUCUGAAAGAUUUGGCGUCUUCUCGCUUCCAACAUCUCAAGUCCGAUCUCAUCGAUCACUCUCACUCUGAGAUUAUCAAAGAUCUAGAAGCUUUUCAGUCUCGUCUCCACAAACGCUUCAAGAUGCAGUCACAGAUAUGUCAGCAGGUGAUGGAUGAAGCAGAUAAGGAUUUCAAAAAGAUGUCCAAAGAUAUCAAUGAAAGCUGCGAAGCAAUGAAGGAAUCAUAUGAAGAGCUCAUUGCUGAUGCACAAGCCACUGCAACCCGUGUGUGUAAAACAUCGAUUCCGGAACUUUUAAAAUCACACGAGAAAGCAAUUGGUAUUAUCCGAAGCCGUUUUGGGAUACCUUCAGCUUAACCAUUCAAUGAGAAAUUGUUUUUGAUCUCUGCUCUUCUCCUAAUUGCCAAACACUAGGGUAGUAUUUCAUUUGAUUAAUAAAUAAUAACACUGAUGUAUGUUCUACAAUGGAGUGAGACUUGGGGAAAAAAAAAAUACCAUUCACUGAUAUGUUGGUUUUAGUUGUGUAAAUUUGGUUCGAUUUAUUCAUGUUAUCUUUUUAUGUGCUCAUGGAUGUUCCAUGCACU